CAGUGGAUACCUUGAUUGUCCUUUUACAAUUGCAUAAUACUGUAGCUCGUCAAUUAAAUAGAAUAGAAUAGAAUAAAGAUAAAGCUCAUAGAUAGAAGAAUAAAAUAGAAAAUGUUAGCAUUUAUUUUUCCCUUUUCAAAAUUGCCACUAUCUGUGGUUACCACUGCGCACACUUGUAUGAUAUACACAUUCUGAAUUACAGUGAAAUCAUUCAUGAAUCACAUGAAAAAUAAAACAAACUAUGCUGCUGCUGAAAAACUAGGUAAGGUCACCAUGAAUGAUAAGCCUAUACACACAUAUUUCAUUGAUGUCAUAUAUACAGUAUAUGCCAUAGUCCUAUAUGAUAGUAGAUAUUGCUUAUAGUCAGUGGUCACUAAAUUGGGUAUAUUGAGGAUAAACAAUAUAGCCCAUUUCUUCUUAAAUGUUUUACAGAUUAUUUUUCACAUUAGCCCAAGCAUGUUUAAUUUACGCUAUUUAUUCAUUAGCUCCUUUAUUUAUUCAUUCAUUCAAAACUGCAUACAAAUUGAUAAAAAGGACACUGAUGUAAGGAUUAUUAGGUUUACUAAGUAGUGAAAUGUUAAGCAAUACUCACUUUGAGAUAAAUGACCAGAAGGUUGUGGCUGGGUCAACCUUUCACAGGCCAUUUGGCCACAUCAUGCAAACAUGCAGACAUAGGCACCUGCAGCACCUGCAUGCAAAUCAAAGUCUCUCUCUGUGGAGAAAUCAUUGCCUGGUGAAGCUGCUUCUCAAGCUCAGAUCAGUCUGUGUCAGCAUAGGUAGUACGUCAAACCUGUUUUCCUCAUCAUAAACUGUAGUGUUCAGGGGCCAACGAGGCGCAUGCUCUGUGCGCACAGUCACCUGGGACCUGUUGCUCAGCUGCGGCUAUUGCUGUGUUAUGAGAACGCCUGUUUCAGAUUUAAGGGAUGCUUCUCUUUAUCCUUCAUCGUUAUGGACAUAAAUGAUGCACUAAAGACCUGCCACGUUAUAACCAGCCUAUAACCAAGCCGGAUGAAAACACUAAAACAUAAAGUGGACACGACAAGUCACUGUGUCUUUUAUCUCAGUCGGCUUAACCAACGAAAGAAGUUCACACACUUGUGUGUCUGAUUUGUACACUACAGGCAAUGGGCAAAUGCUGCAAAUGCAACGGGAAACUGCUGUGCAUGUGCCUGCUGCCUUGCAUGAUGACCGGCCACCUUCUGAUUUACAUCAUGGUGUCCAUAUUCGUCACCAUCUCCUACACUCCUCCAAAAAUAAUCAUCCACUACAUUGCCCCGGGGAUUUCUGCUAACUCCUCUGCACUGGCCUCUCACCCACUUGGCCCUUUCUGGAACCUUCGUCUGGAGGACAGCGCACUGUGGAACCAGUUGCAGCAUGCUUGGGACCGCCACCACAAUCCAAUACUGCGAGGAAACACAACUGGGAUGAUGAGGAAGCCAAGAGAUAAGCCUUUAUCAGAAGUUGAAGAUGAUUGCCUUUCUAACUGCAUGCCACGCAAGUGUUCAGUCCCUCAAAUGCAGGAUUUAAACAGCUUGCCAGAACAAAUGAGGGCAUUUAUCUGGUCAAUGAACUGCAGGGAGUAUCCCUUCCUUAUUAACCAACCUGAUAUGUGUAGGAGGAACAAUAGCAGCUUUGGUUUAGAUUCUCCCAUGCUGAUCAUGGCCAUCAAAUCUCAAGUGGGGAACUUUGAAAACAGGCAGGCCAUCCGUGAAACGUGGGGACGCAGUGGUCUGGUGAAGGGGGAAUCAAAAAAGAAAGGUGGAUUAGUGCGCACAGUGUUUCUGCUUGGAAGGCAGGACUCAAGUACAGGUCCUCACCCAGACCUCAAAAACCUCCUGGAGCUUGAGAACCAGAAAUACAGGGAUAUCCUACAGUGGGAUUUCAGAGAUACUUUCUUCAACUUGACCCUAAAGGACUUGCUGUUCUGGCACUGGCUCCAGCAAUACUGCCCCACUGCCAUCUUUGUGUUUAAAGGGGACGAUGACGUCUUUGUUCGAACAGGUGCCCUUCUGGAUUACCUGCACAAGCAGUGGGAGGAGCACAACCUGUGGAAAGCCUAUACAAAUGAAACUGACAUGGAUUUGUUCGUGGGGGAUGUAAUUAAUAACGCAAUGCCAAACCGUGAGCCGUCCACUAAAUACUACAUACCAGAGCGUUUCUACAAAGGUGUGUACCCACCGUACGCUGGUGGUGGAGGGGUGGUGUACUCUGGCUCACUUGCAUUACGAUUGAAAGAGGUGUCUGAGAGGGUGCGCCUUUUCCCAAUAGACGAUGUGUAUCUGGGCAUGUGCCUGCACAGACUCGGGCUCACUCCAAGCCAUCAUCCGGGUUUUUUAACAUUUGAUCUCCCAGAGACAGACAGGGGCAAUCCCUGUGCUUACAAAUCUGUUCUGCUCGUUCACAGACGGAGUCCCAACGAGAUGCUGACGCUAUGGAAGCAGCUCCAGAAUCUGCCAAGUCAAUGCUGAGGCUCAUUUGCCUGCCAAAUGGGAUUCAUUGAGCACAGGAUGAAUGCUGCCACCACACUCAUUUGGAAAGCGUACACACUGUGACUGCAUCUCCAUGUCAAGCAGGCGGCCCCCUAUGAAGGUCAAAUGCAAUGUACCUUUCCUCCAAAGAGUUAUGUAACACUGAGGAGGAGACUGAUCUACCUCAAAGGGUACUUUUAUUAUGAAAGCAUUACACAAUAAAGGCCAGUACAUGGUACUUCGUAAAAUCAAUACAGGUAUGUAUUUGUACCAUUUCAGCUUAAAAGUUUUAUUUUCUUACUAGAUAUUAUAACUUACAUAUUGUUUCAUAAUGCUUGACGAGAAUACUUUAGAUAUCUUUAUGAUAUGUUUACUGGCCAACAUGAAUUCAUUUGUAUUUUCUCUUGUUUUAAUUAUGUUUUCUUUAAGUCAGCAGUUUAAACCAAGAGUACAUUUCAAAAUGUCUCACAUCCACUUUGCCCAUUAUGUGAAAUGCAACUGAUGAAACUGAUAGUUUUCAUGUUCAGUUUCAUGUCUUUUCUAACUUCAGUAAUAAUUUAUUGCAAUGCUUGACUUUGACAGUGGUUAUCAUUUAGCCAGGAAAGGUGCAAGAAGAAUUAUGUUAUCUGAUUUUGGAACAAUAAAGGUUUUUUGCAGUUUUUUUUUUUUUUUUACUGGACAAAAUGUUGCUGAUUUAAAAAGAGCCUUAUAUAUUACAAAUAGUUUUUCACUCACGGUUACUGAAGACAAAACUCCACAAUGAUUGAUUUUUAUAUGAUCUGUUAUGGAUUUUAAGUCAUGACAAAUUUGACGGUGACUGAAUCUGGUAAUGUUAUCCAGUUAACUAUUUAUUGAAAGAUUGUGGCUUUAAAUUGGAAGGGAUGGGGGUGUUAUUGGAGAUGAACACAACCAACAGGAAUGCUAUCUGUUCCUGUCCUCAAGGAUGCCAUCAAAAAUGAAUGAUGUUCAAGGGUAAAUAAAUAUUUGUAUCUAAAAACA